AUGUAUAUUAUCUUAAGUUUUAGAAGAGAUUAUACGAAAUGUUUAUGCAACAUAAAAUUUAUCAACGGAAAUUCUUCUUCAUAAGCUGUAUACGGUGGAUAUGGUAAUGGCUACACAGUCUGUUUCUCUCCUGAUGAAAAUACUUUAGUAGUUGUGAUAAUUCUAUACGUUUAUGGGAUGUUAAACCAGGAUAAUAAAUAGAAGCAACAGACAAACGUUAUGAUAUAUUAACUUAAUUUAAAACUUCUUUAUUUGCUGAUAAUGUCUUUCUAGAAGGAGGUAUUUAUUUAUAACUUAUUUAGUCAACCUCUUUACAAUCCUACGAAUAUUAUUGA